UCUUCCUGCUCUUCUCAACCAGGUCCGCUCGUCUAGAAAACGAAGAAACGGAAAUGCGUUUCUUAUUUUUUAUUUCUGCGUUUCUACGUUUUUUGUUUUACAUUUUUUGAUUUUUUGAUUUUUUUUUUUUUUGUGCUCUCGGAAAUAGGAGUUUUUUUUCCCAUAUUUCUCUGGUUUCGAAUCGGAAAAUGAAGUACGUUUUGGUAACGGGCGGAGUCGUGAGUGGGCUCGGAAAAGGCGUGACGGCAAGCAGCAUUGGAGUGCUUCUCAAGGCGUGCGGUCUUCGUGUUACUUCCAUCAAGAUCGAUCCAUAUCUAAACACCGAUGCUGGGACGAUGUCUCCCUUUGAACAUGGGGAAGUUUUCGUCUUAGACGAUGGUGGCGAGGUUGACUUGGACCUUGGAAACUAUGAAAGGUUCCUAGAUAUUAAGCUGACUCGUGACAACAAUAUCACCACUGGGAAGAUUUACCAGUCUGUUAUUAACAAGGAGCGAAGGGGAGAUUACUUGGGGAGAACUGUCCAGGUUGUCCCCCACAUUACAGAUGCUAUUCAAGAGUGGAUUGAGCGUGUAGCAGUUAUUCCUGUCGAUGGGAAAGAAGGCCCAGCUGACGUAUGUGUUAUAGAACUGGGAGGAACGAUAGGGGAUAUCGAAUCUAUGCCGUUUAUUGAGGCUUUGGGUCAAUUCUCUUAUCGUGUGGGCACCGGCAACUUCUGUCUCAUUCAUGUCAGUCUCGUUCCCGUUUUGAAUGUUGUUGGUGAACAGAAAACAAAGCCAACUCAGCACAGUGUUCGGGGACUGCGAGGACUGGGAUUGACUCCACAUAUCUUAGCUUGUCGCAGUGUUACGGCACUGGAUGAAAAUGUCAAAGAAAAACUGUCACAAUUUUGCCAUGUCCCGGCGGCAAACAUCAUCACCCUUCAUGAUGUUUCAAACAUUUGGCACAUUCCUUUGCUAUUAAGGGACCAGAAGGCACAUGAAGCAAUUUUAAGAGUGCUGAACCUUCUAUGCAAGGUUACUAGGGAGCCCAUAUUGGAGGAAUGGACCAGCAGGGCUGAACUCUGUGACAGGUUGCAUGAUCCUGUCAGAAUUGCCAUGGUCGGAAAAUAUACUGGUCUUUCAGAUUCUUACCUCUCUGUGUUGAAGGCCCUUUUGCACGCUUCUACUGUUUGCCACAGGAAACUUAUAGUGGAGUGGGUUCCAGCGACAGACCUGGAAGAUACAACUGCAAAAGAGGCACCCGAUGUUUAUAAAGCUGCAUGGAGGUUGUUGAGGGGUGCAGAUGGUGUUCUAGUCCCUGGGGGCUUUGGUGACCGAGGGGUCCAAGGGAAAAUCCUGGCCGCAAAAUAUGCACGAGAAAACAAUAAACCGUUUUUCGGCAUUUGUUUAGGGAUGCAAAUCGCUGUGAUUGAGUACUCACGCUCCGUUCUUGGUCUGCAAGAUGCAAACAGUACAGAGUUUGAUCCAGAUACAAAAAACCCGUGUGUUAUUUUUAUGCCAGAGGGUUCAAAAACUCAUAUGGGAGGGACCAUGCGUCUUGGAUCAAGAAGAACAUAUUUCCAGGUCACUGAUUGCAAAUCUGCAAAAUUAUAUGGCAAUGUCAAAUAUGUGGAUGAGCGACAUCGACAUAGAUACGAGGUCAAUCCUGAUAUGAUCCUGGAACUUGAAGAUGCUGGUCUUUCAUUUGUUGGCAAGGAUGAAACUGGCAGGCGCAUGGAGAUUCUUGAACUCCCUACUCAUCCUUAUUUUGUUGGGGUGCAAUUUCAUCCUGAAUUCAAGUCAAGACCAGGAAAACCUUCGGCUCUUUUCUUAGGGUUUGUAGCAGCAGCAUGCAGUCAGUUGGAAACUGUCAUGCAAACUUCCAGCCAUGUCAACAAGGCAGCAGCAGUGUGCGGUCAGUUGGAAACUGUCAUGCAAACUUCCAGCCAUGUCAACAAGGCAGCAGCAAUAAACAGCUCUAGUAACGGAAAGAUCCCAAAGGCCUACCGGAGCGGAAAUAAAAGUAAGCCUGCGAAUGGGCCGCUAAAUGGCACCUUGUACUCCAAUGGCAAUGGCGUGCAUGCCUAAAUAAUAGAAUGCAGGUGACCCAUUUUCAUGAUCGAUUUUCCUUUUCUUGGUCAUCGCACGUUGGUUUUGCAGAGGGGCUUUCAACAACACCCCCACCGGAUUUGGUUUGUACAGCCAUGGAGAAGGACAGGGUUUUUAGCUUGAGUGAGUGGUAUAUAUAUGCACAGAGCCUGGUUCCGGGCUUUUAACAUGGAACGGCCUGUUUUUAUUGAAGUCUUGGAUUUAGGGUGU